GUAUAAAGACAGUGCUCAUCAUUCCUUCUUCCUGGGCCUACACAAAUUCAAAAAGAAAACCAAAAAAUAAUAAGAGUCAGGAAGUAUUUUUAUUUUUUUAAUUCUUUUGCUUAUAUAUAGUUCAGUAGCUGCGAGAUAGUACGGUGCCUCCAAGCUCCUCCUUCCUUCCGAUCUCUUUGUCCUGGAUCAAGAAAGAGCUGGUCUCUUCUACCAAAAAAAAAAAACAAAGAGCUGGUCUCAAUUGGCAACAGCAACAUCAACAACUGAUUCACAACAUGGACGACUAUGUAUGCAACGCUGGAGAUCUUGUUCCUCUCCCCACCUCAAUGCAAUCUCUCAACAACUCUAAUGAUCACGACACAAGUGGCACUGCUAGCUACAUUCAUGACCAAAUUGGCAUUCAUGAUACCAGGCCUCCAAUUAUCAGCUCAAUUGCCAAUGAUGCAGGGAAGGAAACAAGUACCAAGAAUUCGAGGAAGAGAAAGGUCGAGAAUAUCUCCAACCAAAAGGUGGGGUGUGGCAACACCACAAAGGAUGGAACGAAAGAUAAGAGAAUGAAAGAAGGAACAGAAAGAGGAGGAGCAACAGAAGAAAGCCAAAAAGCCAACAGUAAAAAGGAAGCCUCCGGAGACGCCUCAAAGAGGAGCAUGAAGCCAGCAAAGUCUGAGUGCAUCCAUGUUAGAGCACGUCGAGGCCAGGCCACAGAUAGUCAUAGCUUGGCCGAGAGAGUGAGGAGGGAAAGGAUUAGUGAGAGGAUGAAGUAUUUGCAGGACUUGGUGCCCGGGUGCAAUAAGAUCACUGGAAAAGCCGGCAUGCUCGAUGAGAUCAUCAACUAUGUUCAAUCUCUCCAGAGGCAAGUUGAGUUCUUAUCCAUGAAGCUCGCUGCAGUGAAUCCGAGGCUGGACUUCCACAUUGAUAACUUCUUCGAUAGAGAGAUAGACCUAGCUUGCAAUCCUGGUGUGAUGCCAAUGUUUGAUAUGCCAUCUAAGCAAUGGAACCCGUAUAUUCAGUUCAACUCCUUGCAUCCAACAACUGCUUGUUGUGGAUUUGACGUGGAUAUGUGCUCCUCAGAUCGAAUUCUCGGCCGAACCAUGAGUAUGAGUAUGCCUGCAUUACUGCCUGACACAAUCUUGGAUUCGAGUCUCAAUGUUCAUAGAUCUUCAUCAUAUCCUUCUUCUUGGGAUAUUGCUGGCUUGCAUAACAUCUAUGGUGUGGAAUUUUAUCAAGGGAGAAGGCCUGACUUACCUUUUCAAUCAUUGCAAGGUGAUAACUUCCCAUAACAACGCCAAGACAGAGAUGUGAGCAUAUAUUAUAUUAAAAUUCCUUGGAGGUUAUGUGUCCCGAUUCCAAGCGAGAAGAAUCUUUUUUACUAAGGACAUAUGUUAUUCAACCCCCGAAAAAAGGACGUUUGUAUUUAUACUGUGUGGCAGUAAGAAGAGCAAUGUGUACCAUAUUGGUAGUACGUACAUUAUGUGUGACAAACGAUCGCAAAUUGAGUCAAUCAAGUAUGACUUUUGCGUGUGAAAUAAACUUUCAAAGUGAUGUUUAUAA